UACGGCAAGUCGGAGGUAGAAGAUGGCGGCUGCCGAGGAAGGUUGCGGUGUUGGGGUCGAAGCGGACCGGGAACUGGAGGAGCUACUGGAAAGUGCUCUUGAUGAUUUCGAUAAAGCCAAACCCUCCCCAGCACCCCCUCCUACCAUCUCGACCCCCGAUGCUUCAGGGCCCCAGAAGAGAUCGCCAGGAGAUACUGCCAAAGAUGCUCUCUUUGCCUCCCAAGAGAAAUUUUUCCAGGAACUGUUCGACAGUGAGCUGGCUUCUCAAGCUACUGCGGAGUUUGAAAAGGCAAUGAAGGAGCUGGCUGAGGAAGAGCCUCAUCUGGUGGAGCAGUUCCAGAAGCUCUCAGAGGCAGCUGGGAGAGUGGGCAGUGAUGCAAGCUCUCAGCAAGAAUUUACUUCUUGCCUAAAGGAGACACUAAGUGGGCUAGCCAAAAAUGCCACCGAUCUUCAGAACUCGGGCAUAUCUGAAGAGGAACUGACAAAAGCCAUGGAAGGACUAGGCAUGGAUGAAGGAGAUGGGGAAGGGAACAUUCUCCCCAUCAUGCAGAGUAUCAUGCAGAACCUCCUGUCUAAGGAUGUACUGUACCCAUCCCUGAAGGAGAUCACAGAAAAGUAUCCAGAGUGGUUACAGAGUCACCAGGAAUCGAUUCCUCCAGAACAGUUUGAAAAGUAUCAGCAGCAGCACCGUGUCAUGGGCAAAAUCUGUGAGCAGUUUGAGGCAGAGACACCCACAGACAGCGAGGCUACUCGGAGGGCUCGCUUUGAGGCGGUGCUAGAUCUUAUGCAGCAGUUACAGGACUUGGGCCAUCCUCCAAAAGAACUGGCUGGGGAGAUGCCUCCUGGCCUCAACUUUGACCUGGAUGCCCUCAAUCUGUCAGGCCCACCAGGUGCUAAUGGCGAGCAGUGUCUGAUCAUGUGAAACACAACAGUUUCCUCCCUGAGCCCCAGCCAUGGGAAACACCUGGAGUCAACAGAGUCACUGGGAACUGAGGCAGGAGUGUCAUCUGUGGGAGCUGGCUGCUCCACACUCUUUACACCCCAUUCAAGACUGUGCCAUACCAGCUGAGGAUCUGUUCUGUAGGCUUUUCUAUAAGUUCUACUCCAUCAUGGUCUCUGCUGUUAGAGACAGGCCAGUUACCUGCCAGGUGAAAGAAGGCAUACUUUGUGGGCAUGUCACUUCUUCCCACUCCCAAAAUAAUGUUACAUAUGGUGGUACUCAUGUUCCCCUUGAUUCCAGAUGUCUGUGCCUUGUUUCUACUCCCUUCUUGUGUCUGGGGAGAAGGAGCUAAGUCCUAAGACUCUGUGUUUGUAUUAGGCAGGGCCUCUGGGAAUGAGGGGUAGCCUGGGCUGGGGCUGGAGGCUUGUCACCACAUCUCCUUGCCUUCCUUUGGAAUUCUCUGAAGAAAAAGGAAUUUCACACUUAGCCAGGUUGAAAGCAAAGCCUUGGGCUCUUCCUGUCCCUAGGUGCUGCACCUAUUUCCCCUUUCCUCCUGAGAACUCAAGUUGCUACCCUGGUUCUUUCUACAACUCCGUAAUUUAGGGGAACCCGGCUCUUGACCUUCCUUUGCCCCCUGACCUCCUUACCUCCUCUCUUUUCAGAGUCUUAUUUAUUCCGCCCCUUAACCAGUGCUGUGGUGGAUGAAGGCCAAGCCUGUUUUCUUUCAUCUAGUUCCUGGACCAGUCUCACUAGACCCUUCCCUUCCUCCCUGGCCAGCACAUACUUGUAGUGUCAGAUCUGGUACAUAAGUGGCCAUUCUACCUAGAUAGGUUUCGGCUUAUUUAAGACAUCAGAUUCCCUAGAAUCCUUGCUUCAGGAAGGUGCUUGGGAAAGGGGUGUAGCCAGAAUCUUUUUUCCUGCAAGCCCUAUGGGGCAGUAUUUAAUAAAUAUUCUGAGCAAGCGUGUGGGUUAUUUUUCAUCCAAGUCUAUUUCUAAUCUUCCUUAGUUUCUAUAAGAUGCAGAGUGAGAAGAGUUAGGAGAUAGCUCUCUAUAAUGCUAUGUUAGGCUCUCCCAUGACCCAGCUGCAGAGUGAGAAGUGUUAGGAGAUAGCUCUCUAUAAUGCUAUGUUAGGCUCUCCCAUGACCCAGCCCUCCAGCUCAGUUGCAUUUCCUUUCAGCAAAAGAAUACUGUCUUCAUCUUCUUGGUACUUCAGUCUUAACUUUUCACAUUAUAGUUGAUGUUAAUGGUAUAUUGUUAACAUGUUUUCUAAAUUAUCUAACUUUGAAUUGACCUGCCUUUUCACAGUGGGUCUAAGGACCAUGGUUGCCAUAUAUUUUAUAGAUAUUCUUUUUAGGCCACUUAGCUAUCCUGGUUCACUUGGAAAAUAACGUUUUAAAUAUAUAUUUUUUAUUUAUUCUUUGGAAUUGUACACAUGUAUACAAUGUAUUCUGAUCAUAUCCACCCCCCUGGAAAAUAACUUUGGCAAGAACAAAUUCACAUUUAUCAUUUGAGUCACUUCAAGCUCGUAACACGUUUCCCCUGGGUUAAAACCACGUUUAAAGAUGCCACAUUUUCUAUGGAAGGAAAUGCACUUGAGGCCUCAGGCUGGGAACUGCCCAGCCAUCAACAGCUCAUCAAACAGAAGACUCAGAAUGUGCGACUCCUUUAUACUCUGAGAAAGGGAAAAAGUACCAGCUGAUCUGUGAUGAUGAAUGGGCCUGAAGUGCCAGUAUUUUAUUGAUGCUCCUGACAAAAGCUUGACAAGAACAGGUGAAGAGACAGGAACAGGAAUGACCUGCCCUUGGAAUUGUGCUCAGUGCCAUGCUGACUGUCCUUUAUUCUCACUUCUGCUGGUGAUGCUGUGGUCCACCAUGGCUUUAUUAUCAAGACUUUUUCUUUUUUUCAUUUUCAUUUUGCUUGAACAUGAGCAAGUCGACUUGGAUUGGGCUCUUUUUUCCUAAAUACCAUUUGAAUUACUCUGGUACGUGCAGCUGAAUAAAACCUGGUGCCCUAGGGCAGUCCUCCUCAA